AUAACUUCAUUUAGAAAUUGACUUUCAUCAGAUUGUGGCAGGAAUUCGGUUCAGUUUUUACCUUAUACGGCAGAAUUAGUGAUCGAAUUUGUUGCUGGCAGGGCCAUACUAUUGGUGAACAUGAAGAUCUGCCCAUCGCGAGUGGUAAUCUUGAGCGUGUUAAUGCUAUUCAUCGGAAAGGCAAAUUUCACUAUCGUCUUGGAGAACAAUGGAUACACUAAAAUAGUCGUCGCCAUAUCUGAGAAUGUUCCUCAACCCCCCGACAAUGGAGUUGCAUUGAUAAAUGACCUUAAGGCAUUGCUGACAGAGACUUCAGCUGUUCUUUUUCAGGCUACGGGUAACAGAGUUUAUUUUAAAAACAUCGACAUUUUGCUUCCGCCUACGUGGACCAAAACCACACCAUCCACACCAUCAUUAACGUCCACGCAUUCUUACCAGUUAGCAGAUAUCCGUUUAACAAACGAACCUGUAAACUCUGCGUCCGGAAGUUUACCGUACACUUUGCAUUCGGGCAAAUGUGGCGUGAAUGGAAAUUUCAUUACACUUCCCACUGAAUAUCUCGAGGAUGUAGCUACCAAUCUUAAAGUUCAAGCCAAGGGAUUGGUUCAGCAAUGGGCUCAACUUCGCUACGGCGUUUUUGAAGAACACGGCUAUCCUAACGAUGAACUUUUGCCUUACUUUUAUCGCCAUCCCAAUGGCUACGAUGCCGUAACUUCAAGUAAUGAUACAGAAAUAAAAGGCACUCUUGAAAAGUUGUCAGGGGGCAAUUGUGAAGUUAACGAAAACGGUAUCAUAUCUGAUCAAGGUAACUGCCGUUUCGUCCCUACGGCUACUGAACAAACAGCUACUACAUCAUUGAUGAGUUUCCAUUGGCUCGAUACGGUGAUUGGGUUUUCGGAAAAGGACAAACAUGACAGACGGCCCCCGCAUCGCCAGAAUCGUCUGUGUAAUUCAAAAAGUAGCGCCGAAGUCAUGGCUAAUUCACCGGAUUUCAAUAAUGUCCCACCGAAUCCUGGUCAGGUUACUACGCCUGAAUUUCAACUUCUCAAAAAUCUAAUGCUGCCAGUUGUCUACGUUGCGAUGGACACAUCUUUUCCCGCGAAUCCAAAUAAUACAAACUCACAAGCACAAAAUCUUUGGAAGAGGGGCGUGAAAAAUUUAUUCUUCCUACUCGUUGAAUCUUACCCGGAAACCUUGGUGGCAUAUUCCACAUUUGAAAACAUCGAUUUCGGUCCUGAAGGCUCCUAUUUGAAGGAAAAAUACCCUCUCAAAAGGAUUGCGGAUGGAUAUUAUGAUCUAAUCGCAAUAGUGGACAAUUUAGUUGUGUCUCAAGAUGUGCUGUCGCGUGACGUAUCGGCGGUUAUACGCGACGGCGAAGCACGAUUACGUCAGUACAAAGAUACAGGCGGCAGCAUUUUGUACCUCGUUACGUCCACCGAUUCCGUGACAAAUGACACCGUAAUAGAAACCGACCUGGCCGAAAGACUCAUGCAAAAUAACAUCAAACUGGUGGUAGCAGAAACCGGAUUGAGUGACGGCAAAUCGCUAUCGCGUUUCUCCGUUUUAUCGCAGGGUGGCUAUUACUUCAAACCAACUUGGGAUUCGUCGUACUUCACACCAGUCAAUAACGAAGUUGACAACAUUUUCAAAAACGGUCUCAAAACACAAAGAAGAAUAAUAACGAGUCGAAAAGAUUCAAUAACCACCAGUACGCCAUGUAGUGGAUCUUUUUCUAUCGAUGAAACUCUCGGAACAAAUACCACCCUUGCUCUAUCGUUACCCAAAGAAGGUUCCUUCACAAUCACUCUUACUAACCCUAGUGGUGAGGUCGUGACUCUACCCAACGAACCGGAAGUUACAAACUGGAACUACCCCGAUUCUACCGUUAGGCUUAUUUGGCAGAAAUUAGCUGAUGAUACAGUUAUCGGACGAUGGAGUUAUCAAGUGGCCUACGACACCACAUCAUGCAGCUCGUGUGAGACACAGCCAGAAAUACAUUUACAAAUUGGUUCGUCGAUCAGAAGCGCAACGUCCCCGGCUUUGCCAACGUUCCAGCCUUGGGUUUCCCUUACGACCAGUUCUGGUUUCGUCGAUAUCUCCGAGCAUCCAGCGGUUAUUCAAACCAGAUUUGAAUACGCUAACAGCAACUUGGGUGGUCUGAUCGUGACAGCUGACGUCAUUCUAAAUUCAGUAGUCAAGGCGUCUAUUCCGCUUUUUGAUACUGGAUUAAUCGAUCCGGACAUUUCGAAAGACGGGAUUUAUUCCGGAAUAUUCUACCCUGACACCGAUGGAAAUUACAAAGUGAAUCUCUACGCUGUGCAUGGUGCUUCUGUUAAAGAAGGUGGUAGACUAUUAUCUCCCGAUCAGAAUUCCUAUUGCUGUGGAUCUUCGUUACCCACCUCGACUUUGAACUAUUUUCAGUUCACUGCCAGAGAGGCUAUCGCUUUUGAAGUUCGAAAUGCUGUGACUGGAACAUUUCCGCCGGAAUUUUUACCUAUGGUGAGCGAUAUUAAAGCAUCUACCUACGGAAUUGAUAACAAUCUUGUUUACGCCGAAUUGAAAUGGAGCGUACCAUCCAACACCAUGAGCCAAGUUGUCAAGUACUCGGAAGAUUAUGAACAACUAUUGAACAACUUUGAAGCGGCUCUUGUAGCUACUAUUGUUUAUGGCUCCUUAAACGAUAUUCAAGCCGGAACUGCCAUCGCAGUUUACGUUUCUGCUCCCUACACGACAGGAAAGAGUGUUUACUUUGUUGUCGAAACAACUGCAACAAACAGCCAGAAAUCUCGCUCACACGUCGUCUGGACAGAAUCCAACCCUCCUGAGAACGCAUUCACAACUCCAGGGCCUACUACCGAAGCACCGUCUACCACGACACAGGAGAGCACGAGUUCUACCACAUCUGCCACUACUUCUACGACCGAGUCUCCCAUCAUCACAUCAACUUCUACGGCGGAUUCUUCAAUCGAUAGUUCUACUACGCAAAUGUCCUCUACGACUGAAGUUUUAACCAGUAUCGCAUCAAGCGAACCAACGUCGUCUGACUCACCAACUCCCACAGAUACCACAAGCUCAACUGUGUCCACCUCAACCACAGGCUCAACCGCUUCAACUUCUACCACGCUCGAUUCAACUACUAUCUCUUCUUCCACAUCUGCCGCCACCACCACUUCCACGACAACCGCUUCCACGACAACCGCUUCUACGACAACCGCUUCUACGACAACCGCUUCCACGACAACCGCUUCUACGACAACCGCUUCCACGACAACCGCUUCUACGACAACCCCUUCUACAACUGAAAGCGUAACUACACCAUCAACUGCAACAACAUCCGCCACGACACCUAUGUCUAGCACCACUACUGAAUCCCCUGCCAGCUCUACCACAGACUCAACAAUUUCAACUCUUUCCACUACAACCGCUUCUACGGCAACUGAUUCCACAACUGAAAGUGUUAGUGUUUCAUCAACUUUAGACACAACUGAUUCUACCAUUAGCGUCACAUCAACUGAGGUUCCGGGCGGAGGCGGAGACGGAGAUGGGCUGACUUCGGCGGAAAUUGGCUACAUUGUUGGCGGAGUAGUUGGAGGAAUUGUAGUUAUUGGUGCCAUUACUGGUGGCGUCAUAUUAUACAAGAAGAAGCACGGUGGGGGCGGUGGUUCAAUGCCUCCAUCCACCUCUAACAACGGGAGAAGUGGCCCGUCAGAACGGGCGGGAUUUUCAAACACUCCGUAUCCGCCUUCUACGCCGUAUACAUACAAUACAACUCCUGCGAAUGCAAAUAAUGGACGUCAAGUGGAAAGCUUCGAACCAGCUGCACAAAAUAACGAUAGGCUUGGUAUUACUUUUGAGGAUGAAGAUAUGUGUAUGACGGCAAUGUAAAACUUUUAAGCUGAUCUUAUAAUCAUCAAAUCAUCUACAUUAAAUAAAACCGUCAACGGAAAA